UAGUGCUGGUAUCCGUACAUGUGGUCGCAUUGGCUCUCUAUCUUCUCGACAGAUUCAGUCCAUUCGGUGGCUUCAAAAUGGCAGAUGUCGUGCCAUCAGAUGAGGGCGCUCUCAACCUUUCGAGUGCGAUAUGGUUUUCAUGGGGUGUCCUAUUGAACAGUGGAAUCGGAGAAAGGACUCCCAGAAGCUUUAGUGCCCGUGUGUUGGGAAUGGUUUGGGCUGGUUUUGCUAUGAUAGUGGUCGCCUCAUAUACGGCUAAUUUGGCCGCUUAUCUGGUGCUCAAUCCACGCGAUGAUCACGCGGUGUCUGGGAUUGAGGACUCUCGACUCAGAAAUCCGACCGAAAACUUCACGUUUGCAACAGUGAAAGGAAGUGCAGUCGAUAUGUUUUUCAGAAGUCAAGUCCAUCUUUUCAAUGCCUACCGAACAAUGGAAGAAACUAAUAAACAGAGUCCCGAAGAGGCCAUCGCUGCCAUUAAAAAAGGAUAUUUGAAUGCAUUUAUAUGGGACUCGCCUCGACUCGAGUACGAAGCGGCCAAAGACUGCGAUCUCGUUAUUUCGGGUGAACUAUUUGGUCGAUCGGGUUAUGGCAUUGGAUUACAAAAGAAUAGCUUUUGGACAGAAAAAGUGACGUUAGCUUUGCUUCAAAUGCACGAAAGCGGUUCAAUGGAAGCCUUGGAUAAUAAAUGGAUUUUACACUCAGACACCGAUUGCGAGAGUAAGAGCGAACACUUUCCAUAUACACUGGGCAUCAAGAAUAUGGCCGGAGUCUUCAUUCUUGUUCUCUCGGGAAUUGUGGUCGCAUUCGGACUAAUAGUAAUCGAAAUUGUAUAUAAGAAAAGGAGGGCUCGAAAGCUAAAGCGUUUGGCAAUCGCUAAGAAGUUGGCCAUUAAAUGGCGUUUAAGGGUUCAGAAGAGAAAGUCGUUGUAUUCGAGUCUGUAUUCGGCGUUUCCGGCGAUCACUAAAGAGUUAUCAAUAAAUAAAAGUUUUGAAGUCGAGUCGAGAGCAUCGACUCCAUGCGAUUCACAGACGUUUGUUAUACCACCGCCUCCU